AUGAAGCUAUUCGGAAUAGAUGCGAUUUUCAUUAUUGGGUUGCUGGCAAUAAAUUCUAUUACUUAUGCGCAUAAGCAAUCUGAAGACGUCAUUCGGAUCCGCAUGGUUCCUCGCGUGCCAGUCUAUAGUACUGGGACGAGUCAACUUGCUGACUCAGCGAGACAUAAGAUCCGUAUGAAUAAAUGUAAGUCUAAAGCAAAGGUGACCAAAAAUCACGAGCGUGCGAACGAAUUCUUUGUGAAGGCCAUGUUUAGAAGAGGAUUGCCCAAAGAUUCUGUCCCAUUUGCUGCCGUGUCAAAUCCGAGCAUUUACACAACAGGAGUUGUCAACCUUUAUAAUGAUAACGAGUGGGUUGGUCAAAUUGAUCUUGGUACACCCGGUCAAUCGUUUCUCGUGAACUUUGAUACGGGGUCAGCAGAUCUUUGGGUUCCAUCCGUCGCAUGCGGAGAAAUAUGCAAGGCGCACAGUCGAUACAACUCAUUCAAGAGCUCGACUUUUCGCUAUGUCGGAAGCCGCUUUCAAAUUAGGUACGCAGAUGGAAGUACAUCCCAAGGAAAUAACAAUAAGGAUACUUUGACUAUCGGUAACCUCAAAAUUCCUUCACAAGACUUUGCUUCCGUUCGAACCACGAGCGCGGCGUUGUCCGAGGAUCUUAUUGAUGGUAUAUUUGGACUUGGAUACGAUGCACUUUCAAUGGUUCAAGGAACAGUAACACCCUUCACCAACAUGAUCAGGAACAAGCUAAUUCCGAGAGCUAUUUUCUCAAUCCAACUCCGCCCAGCGCGCCUCGGCUCGCGUUUAGGUGGAAUAAUCAUAUUUGGCGGCAUUGACCCGAAUCUUUAUUUAGGGAAUAUCGUAUACACUCCUGUGACCAAAAAACUCUUCUGGCAAAUCGCAAUUGAUUCUAUUAAUUUAGCCGGCAAGUCGCUUGGAGGAGUAAAACAACAAGUGAUUGUCGAUUCCGGGGCUACCAUGCUUAUUGUCGGCACUCAAGUUGCUCAAGCCAUUCAUUCCAAAUUGGGUGGAAAUUUUGACCCCAAAUCAGGAUAUUGGACACUUCCUUGUGAUGCCGUGAGAAAUCAGAAUAACAAACUGGUCAUCAAAAUUGGAGGAGCCUCAUUCAGUAUCAAUCCUUCUGACUUGGUGAGGGAGAAAAUCCGAGGUAACACCUGUUAUUCGGCCAUUACCGGUACAGGCCAAGCUACUUGGGUUCUUGGUGGCACAUUCUUGAAGAAUGUAUACGUGGUAUUUGAUAGAGAAAAAGAUCAAAUAGGGUUUGCAUUGCCGCGUUAUCCGAACUAUUAA